AUGUCGCAGCCGCCCGAGCACCCCGCAGACCAGACAUCCUCGCCCGCGACGCCCUCGACGCCCGCCGCCGACCACAGCCCCCACCACCACCCCGGCUUCUACACCUCGCGCCCCACCCUCGACGUCCCCGCUGCCGCCGCUGCCGCCGCCGCCGCCGACGCUCGCCCGGCGCCCGUCAAGUACAUGUCCACGCCCGCGUACCAGAGCCCGCUCCGACACCACCGCCGAGCUGCCUCGAGCACAAGACGCGUCAAGGAAACGCUCAAUGCGCGGUCCGAGUACAGCAACAGCGAGGAUGACGGCACCGCCCAGCACCGCAUCAACCAGUACCUGAUCAAGCAGGAGAUUGGCCGCGGCUCGUUCGGCGCCGUCCACCUCGCCGUCGACCAGUACGGCCAGGAGUACGCUGUCAAGGAGUUCUCCAAGUCGCGCCUGCGCAAACGCGCCCAAUCGAACCUGCUCCGCCGGCCCAGCAAUCGCCGACGCGCCCUGCCUGCCGGCAUCGGCUUCAACUCCCCGCUGCACCGACACUCGUCCACCGAGGGCGAGAACAACGCCUUCGAGUUGAUCAAGGAGGAGAUUGCCAUUAUGAAGAAGCUCAACCACCCCAAUCUGGUGUCGCUAAUCGAAGUGCUCGACGACCCGGAGGAAGACUCGCUGUACAUGGUCAUGGAGAUGUGCAAGAAGGGCGUCGUCAUGCAGGUUGGCCUCGAAGAGCGUGCAGAUCCAUACAGUGAAGAGCAGUGCAGAUGCUGGCUGCGAGACAUGAUCCUGGGCCUGGAGUACCUCCACGCGCAGGGCAUUAUCCACCGUGACAUCAAGCCCGACAACUGCCUCAUCACAGAAGACGAUGUGCUCAAGAUUGUCGACUUUGGCGUCUCAGAAAUGUUCGACAAGGACGGCGAGAUGAGGACCGCCAAGUCCGCAGGAUCACCGGCGUUUAUGCCGCCAGAACUCUGCGUUGCGAAACACGGACAUGUCUCUGGCAGAGCGGCCGAUAUCUGGUCCAUGGGCUGCACACUAUACUGUCUGCGCUUCGGCCGCAUCCCCUUUGAGAAGCACGGCAUGAUUGAGUUGUACCAGGCGAUACGGAUGGAUGAGGUCGAGUUCGACAGCGACUGCAACGAGGACCUCAAGGACCUCCUCCGUCGACUGCUUGAGAAAGACCCCAAGAAGCGGAUAAACAUUGAACAGCUCCGAGAACACCCCUGGGUCACACGAAACGGCGCUGAUCCUCUACUCUCCAAGUCCGAAAACGUCGCCAUCAUAAUAGCACCGCCCACCGAUGAGGAAGUCAAUGCUGCCAUUACGGGGAACAUGGGCCAUCUUGUGACGGUGGUUCAAGCAGUGAAGCGAUUCAAACAAUUGCUCUUCAGACGGAGACCAGAGCGCCUGGACGGGAUACUAGGUAGUGCCUCAAGAAUUGUACAGCCUCCACUGUCAAUGAGACCUUCGGCAUUACGGAAGUCGAAAUCGCAAGACACAGACAACCGGCGGCCUGUCGAAGGAGCGCUGGUUACCGAAGGUGUUCAUCGCGACAUCGACACCCACGGCAGCUUCCGUGAAGAGGCUUUCGCGACACAACCGGCUAAGCGUUCGACCAUCACAAGAGCGAAUGCGCCAACCUCGCUGAGCCCAGAUGACGCCAAUGUCAUACACGGCAACAUGUCUCACCGACCUGCUGCCGCACCCUCCGUCACCACACCCAGCACUAUAGCAUCGGGGCCCUCGACGCCGAUCGGUAAAGGCCACGCACACGAUCCUCUCGAAGAUACGCUCUUCCUCAACAUCGGCACCGGCGAAGAGUCCGCAAGCGUAGACACCUUCUUCGUGUCCGAGUCGCCUUCCAAUGUCGACAUCAACGUCUACGAAGCGGCAUAUGAGGAAGAAGUCCAGCGCAUCAUCAAUCAACGUAAAGACCAGCACCGCCACCCAACGCUCUACCUCACCCGCCGCGUCGAGGACAUCAAGCGCAUCCGCGACAGCGACUGCGUGUUCGACGAGGGCAAGGACAUUGGUCGCGGCCUGAAAGGAGGGUUUAAGGAGUUCGUCAAGAAGACCAAGGAAGACAUUGAGGCGCGCGGCGAGCUGCAGAAGCUGCAGGAAGGCAAGGAAGGCAAACUGGGCCGCACGAUGCGCAACGUACGCGAAGCUAAGCGGCUCGUCGAGGAGGCGCGCGAGCGCGUCAAGAUCGAGGACCGCGAGCGCGAGAGAGAGCGGAGCAGGAGCUCCACACCCGUGCCGCGCAACAACAGCUCCGGCAGCGUGCAUACGCGCAUAAGCAGGAGCGGCACGCCGGUUGGUGGCGGCGCGUGA